GAAGAAGAAAAAGAAGAAGAAGAAGAAGAAGAAGAAGAAGAAGAAGAAGAGCCGUAUCAUCGUACAGUUCGUACUGAAGCUAACUUAUUGCACAAUUAUUUUCCGAUUAAAGCAAGUUUUUUCCCAGUAGGUAACUAGGGUAACUAACUGUCCCAUGGGAAGCUGAGUCCUUUUCGGUUAGCGGUAACAGUAGUAGUUAACUGGUUGCUACAGCAGAGCUAGGUUUAUUGCAAUCUUAGCUAGCUUCUAAUGAGCUAGCUAACACUUACCUAAAGACGUAGUUUCAACGUAGUCGGCAAGAUUCAUAUCGAAAGCAUCAAAAUUACAGAUUAAGCAUGGCGCUCAAGUCAGGAGAGGAGCGUCUGAAAGAGAUGGAGGCUGAGAUGGCUCUUUUUGAGCAGGAGGUUCUUGGUGGUCCUGUACCAGUGUCAGGAAGCCCACCUGUUAUGGAGACAGUACCUGUAGCUCUUUCUGUCCCUGCAAUUCCAGUAGUGCGACCCAUUAUAGGUACCAACACCUACAGACAGGUCCAGCAGACAUUAGAAGCCAGAGCUGCUAGUUUUGUUGGUCCUCCACCACCUGUCUUUGCAGGACCAGUCCCUCCAGUACGUCCUCCCAUGCUGAGGCCGGCCUUCGUCCCCCAUAUUCUGCAGAGACCUGUUGGUCAGAGGCUGCCAAUGAUGCGUGGUCCUCCAAUAGCACCUCCUCUGCCACGGCCUCCUCCACCACCUCCCAUGAUGCUCCCACCGUCCCUGCAGGGCCAGGCACCUCAGGGUCCUUCUCCGCCCAUCCAGCACAUGGCUGCAGCACCUCAGGUCAGUGAUAUGGUUCCAAUGGUGUCAGCCCCGCCCACAAGACAGGGAGCCCCGCCUCCCAUCAAACCGACGCCAUCAAUCAUUCAGGCAGCACCAACUGUGUACUCGGCUCCUCCUGCCCCUGUUGGACAUAAAAGAAUUGAUGUCAGAGCUCAAAGACAAGCCAGAAUGGAGGAACUAGCAGCACGGGUUGCAGAGCAGCAGGCAGCAGUGAUGGCAGCAGGUCUAUUGAACAAGAAGGAGAGUGAAGACAGCAUCACCGUUAUUGGACCCAGCAUGCCUGAGCCUGAGUCCACCCACGCUGAGCCUGUGGAAAGUGCUUCAGAGGACAAAAAGAAAGCAAAGGUGGAGAAAGUGAAGAAGUGUAUCCGAACUGCAGCAGGGACUAGUUGGGAGGACGCCAGCCUGUUGGAGUGGGAUCCAGAUGAUUUCCGUAUAUUCUGUGGUGACCUUGGUAAUGAAGUGAACGAUGACAUACUGGCUAGAGCCUUCAGCAGAUACCCGUCUUUCCUCAAAGCUAAGGUGGUGAGAGACAAACGGACAGGAAAGACCAAAGGCUAUGGCUUCGUCAGUUUCAAGGAUCCAAAUGACUAUGUCAGAGCCAUGAGAGAGAUGAACGGGAAGUAUGUUGGCAGUCGUCCAAUCAAACUGAGGAAGAGCAUGUGGAAGGACCGCAACCUGGAAGUGGUUCGUAAGAAACAGAAAGAGAAGAAGAAACUGGGCCUUAGAUAGUGUUUAUGCAAGUGGAACUGAGUGUUGUGCUUCCAGUGGACAGAUCAUGACUGUUAUUGUGAUCUGUCCAAUCAGGAGAUGUGCUUAAAUUGUAUAGAUGUUAACUUUUUUCCUUCCUUAAAUAAACUACAAUUUUUUAGUUGUUGA